AGAGAUCUCCUUUUAAGCCUUUACCGUUCACGCAACCGAACGAACGGAGUUUCCUUGUAAAACAGAACAAGUUCCAAAACCUUCUCGUCUUUCGAUUUCGUGUUGGAGUCGGAAUACAGAAACCCUAAUUUGUUCCAAUUAUAUAAAUUAUAGUAGUAUAUAUAUUCGCAGUCAAUAAUCACGGCCUCUUUCUCUUUCUUGAUUUUGACGGCUAGAGCUUUUUCCAUCUUCCGAUCAAUCAAUCACAAUCUGCAAACCCUGUUCACCAAUUCCAACUCUUUGCUUCCUUCUUUGAUAGAAAUCGUGGUACCCUGAGUCCUGCCAUGGCCAAAAGCUCAUUCAAACUCGAACACUCCUUGGAAAAGAGGCAGGCUGAAGCUGGUCGCAUCAGAGAGAAGUAUCCUGAUAGAAUACCAGUAAUUGUGGAAAAGGCUGAAAAGAGUGACAUUCCUGACGUUGAUAAGAAGAAAUAUCUUGUCCCUGCUGAUUUGAAUGUUGGGCAGUUUAUUUAUGUGGUUCGGAAGAGGAUUAAGCUUGGUGCUGAAAAGGCUAUAUUUGUCUUUGUCAAGAACAUGCUACCUCCCACUGGUGCUGUGAUGUCUGCAAUAUACGAGGAUAACAAGGAUGAAGAUGGGUUUCUUUACAUGACUUACAGUGGCGAGAACACAUUUGGAUCCCUCGACAGGCAGUGAGUCGAUUCACGUAAAUGGAUUUUUUUUCCAAGUGUAAAUUCUCAGCUAUCCCCUUAUAAGUGGAAUACUUUUUUGGAUACUACCUUCGUCUCAAUUUGGAUCAAUGUCAUUUAAUUUGAUGCUGGGAUAAUUUGGUUCUACGUGUCUUCUUUACAAUGGAUAAAUUUGAAUUCAAGUAGUCUCCAAUUUAUUUAUUUUAUAUUAACCUAUUUCUGUCCA